AUGGAGUCCGAUCCGAACAUCGGGCUGUUCGUCAACUCUCGCAGAGGUGUGGUGAGAGUAGGAUUGCUUUACGCAGACCAGCCACUGGGGAAAUCGGAUACCUUUGACAGCUUCCUGUCGCUUCCAAGCCUAUUGCAGACGAUGCUUUCGACGACAAAUGGCACAUUGGCAUCGCUCGUGCAAACUUUGGAUAAAUUCCAUCCACCGGAUGACGGAAAACGUGCAGUCACCACCUUGAGCGCCAAAGCCUCUUAUGAUUUGUAUGCAGAUAUCCACCGAUCAUGGCAGGAUAGGGUCAGCGGCCUUGCUGAGAGUGUUGAUUUGCACUUCACUAUCCAGCCUAUUGGUACUGCCUGCGUGCAAGCAGGCCAAGAUCAUGGUGGAAAUAUUCUGGGACUGGAGAAAGUUCCACAAUGCUGGUUUGUCUUCACUGCUGAGUGGCUUUCAGAUGAGCAUGACACAGAUGUCAACAAGGCACGUGCUGAUAUCACGGAGAAAGCGCACAAGCUUGCCUCGGAAAGUGGAUUAAUUUUGUCAUUCCAAUGUUUGAACCUUGCCCACGCCUCGCAGAAAGCGCUGGGCAGCUAA